AUGACUUGGGAAGUAUGGGGUCCAUUGCAAGUUCUUGGAUCCCAAAGGCACGACUGCCUCGUGCAAGCUAUAAACCAUUUAGCAGCAUCGUACAACCAUUUUGACAACAGGACAUGCUCUUGUUCCCAUAGCGGUAGUGAUGAUUUGGUAUUUCAAAACUUCCAUGGAGGCCAUUAUUCUGACUGUAUGAACCACUUCCAUACUACAUAUAAGGCUAUCAUGACCAAUGUGCUUGGAACCAACGUGGCAUCCCGAGGGAGCCAAGGCUACUGCUGGACACACCAAACUUGUCAGUCACACAUAAUCACGUUAAACACUGUCCAGUUAAUGUAA